AUGAGCCCCGUUGAAACUUUUGCUGCACCAAGCAACACACACCACCCCUUUUCUUCUUAUUUGCAAGGUGCCCGCUACGCUUGGUCUCAAAUGGAUCUUACUCCAGAACAAUCAGUCAUUUCGAGCCCAGAAGAGGCCAACGAGACUGUGGCCCAAUCCAGAUUUGUCCGGGACUUGAUCUCAGGUGGCGAUUUAAUCCUCGCCGUUGGCCCCCACCGAACUCUCCUUAGAGUUGCGUCAGCCUUCCUGUGCGAGAUAUCGCCUGUAUUUUCGGUCAUGUUUGGGCCAAACUUCGAAGAGGGCGAGCGCUUGCGCAAUCGCCAGCCCGGAGAUCCAGAAAUGGUUCUCGAGCUCCCCGACGACGACCCUCUCGCUUUCGACAACACGAUCCUCGCGCUCUACGGGUCUAAUCCUUCGACGCAAGACUGUGGCCCCGAAGAUAUCCAGAAGAUUUCGAUCCUUGCUGAUAAAUAUGAUUUGGUAUCGCGAUUUACCUUUGCUUCGGUGUAUUGGUUUGCAAAGUAUGCUUGGGCAGAUGACCCCGAAGAGACGUGGCAACUCACAACUGCUGCCUAUUGGAUGCAGAACCCCGAUGCUUUCUUUACCUUUAGCAAGAAACUCGUCAAGCAGCUGCAGCCCUCUCACUUGAGCUACGUCGCGGGCAUACCCGACAAGGAGCUUGGGCUUCGACUUUGCUUUAUCUGGACGGGUCUUGUGCCAUUUGUGUCAGUCCAAAACUAA